ACCACCACUACCAUCACCACCCACGAUUAUGGGGUCCACAACAACGUCGACAGUCACAGUCACGCCACUUUCUACGCUCAGAACCUCCCUGGAAAAACACAAUGAUACAUUCGAGACGUUGUUGAAGCUUAUACCAGCCAAGUAUUAUAUCGUGCAAGAGUUUACUGAGGAACAGGCCGCCUCAAAGUUUCAACAAAACAAAAAAAAGCAAAAAGCACCAAAACAGGCGAUCAAAGAGGCGUCGAAAAAGGCUAGGAAAGAUAAACUCGACCCAGCGAAUCAAAAAACGAUCAUCGAUAUACAGAAUGAAACUUCUAAUAUGAAAGGAAAACGGAAGGCUGUAGAGAUUGAUCCUUCUGAUGAUGAUGAGGACGACGGCGACGACGAAGUUGCAAUGGACGUUGAUGUCCGUCUUGAGGAAGGGAUCGAUAUAGAUUCACCGCCGACACCACCAGCCCUAGUACCAAUGUCUACCCCGACUUCCAUAACCGCCUUACGAGCCAAGCUUCACGCAAAGAUGGCUUCCCUGCGACGAGGGGGCGGAGGCGCAAGCGGAGCAAACAAAGUAGAACUCGGAGCAGGACUAGAAACCGGCUCCAGAGACGACCUCCUUGAAGAACGCAGACAACAACGCGCAGCGAUGCGGGAGCGGAGGAGGAAAGAGACCAAGGAGAAAAUAAAGAGGGAUAAUACUAACAGUAAUAACAAAGACGCUUCUGCUAAGUUAACAAAAACCCAACUCCUCGUCAACGACCCCACAGCGGCUAUAAUUGCUUCUCAAAACCCCAAUUCAAAAUUAACCCAUGUAUCAUUCUCUGGACUCUCAUCAAAACCCCACCCUUCUUCUUCCUCCAACCCAACCCAAGCCCUCUCCCAACUCGUCUCACACAACCAGAAACUUGCCUCCCUCCCUUCUUCAAAACAGAAAGCCAUAGAGGAGAAAGAGCGGUUCGAAAAAGCUUCUGCCAGACUUGAGGGUGUCAAGGUGCUUGAUGACGAGGCCAGGCUCCGCAAAGCUAUCAAGCGGAAGGAAAAGGAAAAAGGGAAGAGUAAGAAGGAGUGGGGAGAUAGGAAGGAGAAGGUGGAGAUGGCGAUCAAGGCCAAGCAGAAAAAGAGAGGGGAUAAUAUUGCAAUGAGGAAUGAGAGGAGGAGUGAGAAGAGGAAGGGAAUCAAGGCCAAGAAAGGCGGAGCUCAUAUCUCCAAAGGCUCGAAAGGUGGCAAAGCAAGACCGGGGUUUGAGGGUAAGGCUUUUGGUAAGAGUGGAGGGAAAGGAAAAGGAAAAUAGGUUCCUACUGCCACACCCUUCGUAGUC